CCGUGCACUCAAGCUGUGUGUGUAUUGUUUUCACCUUGCGGUAGAACUGACGCUAGAGAGGACUGAGGAGUGGUUUGUGGAAGGGAGUGAAUAACAUUUCAGGAUGGAACCACAGGUCACAGCAAAUCCGACUUUCGAUCCCAGUGAACACCAGCAUAUCCGCUACAACCCUCUCCGUGAUGAGUGGGUCCUGGUCUCUGCUCACCGGAUGAAACGCCCUUGGAAAGGGCAGGUUGAGAAAUCGUCAGAGGUGAACAUUGCACGUCAUGAUCCAACUAAUCCUCUAUGCCCUGGAGCAGUGAGGGCAAAUGGAAAGGUGAACCCAGUAUACAAAAGUACUUAUGUUUUUGAUAAUGACUUCCCGAGUCUUCAACCAGAUGCUCCAGAGCCAGGUGUCAGUGAGCAUCCACUAUUUCAAACAAGAGCUGCUAAAGGAAUUUGUAAGGUCAUGUGCUUCCAUCCUCAUUCCGACAUCACCUUGCCAUUGAUGUCUAUUUCAGAAAUUAGAACUGUGAUUGACAAAUGGGCAGAGCUCAUGGAAGAACUAGGACCAGGGUAUCAAUGGGUGCAGAUUUUUGAAAAUAAAGGUGCUAUGAUGGGAUGUUCAAACCCACAUCCACACUGUCAGGUGUGGGCUAGUAGUUACCUUCCUAAUGAACCAAGAAUAGCUGAUCGGACUCAACGAGACUAUUACAACAGCCAUGGAGUGCCAAUGCUGGUGGAGUAUGCCAAGUUAGAGUCUCAAAAAAAGGAACGAAUUGUGGUUGAAAAUGAAGAGUGGUUGGUCAUCGUGCCAUAUUGGGCAACUUGGCCUUUUCAGACAUUACUUCUUCCAAAAAGACAUAUACUUCGUUUACAAGACUUGUCUGACAAAGAAAGGGAAAGCCUUGCUUCUAUUAUGAAAAUACUCCUGACAAGAUAUGACAAUCUAUUUGAGGUCUCUUUUCCUUACUCUAUGGGAUGGCACGGAGCCCCCACAGGGCAGCUCUUGUUGGAUGACAACCGUCAUUGGCAGCUUCAUGCACACUACUACCCGCCAUUGUUACGUUCUGCAACGAUUAGGAAAUUCAUGGUUGGGUAUGAGAUGCUUGCUCAGGCCCAAAGAGAUCUCACGCCUGAACAGGCUGCUGAACGACUGCGGAAUCUACCAGAAAUCCAUUACAAGCUGAAGCAGACAGAAUAAUGAAUGGACCUCAUGAAUGAAGGAAUGGAAUAAACCUAGAAAGACAUACAACCUCAUAUUUUGUUGCUCAAAUUGAUUAUGGUGUUGAAUUUUUGGAGACUUUUUAUAGUUAAUCAUCAAAAUAAAACACAAUUUUCA